AUGGGGAAGGAGAAGGCGGGGGCGACCGCCGCCUGGAGGAUCAUACCGAGGCCGCUGCUUGAGUCCAUCCUCAACAACCACGCUCAGCACCACCGCGUCCAUCAGCCUCUCUUCCUCCACGGCCCCCGCGGGGUUGGCAAGACUUCCCUCAUCCUUCACCGUCCGUCGCUCCCCCUCCCUCUCUCUAUCUAAUGUUCGUUAUCUGCUUCCUUCAUCUCUCAAUCUCUUGCUCAAAGCUGUUCUUUCUCCAGGUCUUCUGGAUGAUUGGAACAAAGGUCCUCAUGUCACCGGUUACGUCGACUUCGGCCUCGCUGACGGCCGCGAUGGGCACCCGUCCAAACCCUGGGCGUCGUGGUCUACUGCGUGCCAGCCUUGCGGCCUGAGCUCGCUCCGCGCCCAUCUGGAACGGACAUUGGAGUCUAUGGUGGAGCGAGGAGUGCGCCUCGGCACUAUCGGCGGUCGGGACAUAUUUACUACGCUCUAUAAGUGGCACGGUCUUCACUCUGCACUUCGCCGGGCAAUUGGUCAACGCGGUGGGGAACGUAAGGAUGAGAAACUCCCCAUCUCAGUGCUCUGGUCUAGGGCCGUACUUGCGUUUUCAUCUAAGAUCGAUAACAAGGACAUCGAGGCCUCUCUGGGGGAGUCGUUGCUAUCUAAUUCUAGUAAUACGGUGGAGGAAUUGUCUUAUAUUCGGGAGGCGGUUGUAUCACUGAGACUGGCGAAGGAGGUCAUCGAUAUCCACCAGUUAUGGCGGAGAGAGGCAGUACGCCACUUGAAUCGCACAGGAAGGUUCUCAAGGUCGCUAGCCAACUCAGCCACUGACUGGCCCUGCCUCCUGCUCGAGCUGCUUUCCAAUGCCGCUGAGAUCGACUAUUUUCAGGUGUGUAAAGCUAAAUUUUAACCACUUUUGUGAAGUUCUUUUUUUUAAUUUCAGGUAUGGUAAUUUUCUCUCAUUUUCACUAACUAUCACUAGGAACUAUAAUAUUCUUAAUAUCAUCACAACAGGAGAAAGUUUUGCUAUUUUGCUGAAGCAGUGAUAUUUGGAAUUGAAAAGCAUGCUCCUGUCGAUUGUUCUGUUUGACCUAGCUAUCUUUGAGGUUAUCCUCUAAUCAAGCCGUUUCGUGAAAAAAAUGGUUAGGAUGAAAUACAUACAAGAGGUUACAUCCCAGGGUUAACAUAGGUCUAUAUCCGCAAGGAACGUGUGGCCUUUGUUGAACUGGUUGGUGGAAAGGAUUAUCACACUGUGUGUGUGUGUGUUUUAAUUAUCUCUCGUUUAAUUAACGGUUUGCAGUAUUGACUACUUAAUGAAAUUGGAUUCCUCUAAAAAUGAUUUCUUUAAAGAUGUCUCUAAGUAAAAGCAAUUAUCAGCUUGGCUUCGUUUCACAUUUAAAGAUAUUGUUGGGAUGUGAAAUGGAAUUUCCUUAUGCAUAGAAUCUUCUUGUUGCAGCCAAAAUUGGUUAUAAACAACAUUGAAGUAUUGCGUAAGGCAGUUGCAGAGGAUGAUUCAACAGUUUCUGCAGCCGUGUACCAUGACAAUUUUCUAUGGAGAUUAGUAGCAUUGGGCAUCAAUGAGAGGUCUCUGCCCAUCAUACUUGUAACUUCAGAUAGGUAAGUUUCUAGUUUUCCUUCCUACUAUUUAUGUCACAGUUAACUUGGUUGCUCGUCUUAGGAAAAGGUAGAAGCCUCCCGGGCUGAAACAUUCGUAUUUGGGCUUUUUUAGAAGUGUACAGAGCACCGCUUUUUCUUGUCUAAAAUAAUACUUGAUAUCUAUUUCUGCCUAUUUUCACGUUUAGAAGAUUGUGCGAAGUCCCAAAAAUGUUCAAUUUCCAAAAUGUGCCAUCUACCACUCAGGGGCUGGUCUGUUCAUUCCAGUUGUCUAUUUAUGUAAGCUUAUCUACAGAUAAUUAGGGAAGAUCAUGACUUCUAGGAAAUUUCUAUUUUCCGUCCUCGCUGUAGCUUUGUGUUCCUUUUUUAUUUGCUUUAUGGUAGAACAAUGAAAAAAGCACAGAUUUUUUUUGUCCCACUUGAUUAUUUGCAUAUGAUUUCUCACAUAUACUAUGGUGUACUGCAAAUGUUUGUCUGGGACAUGAAUCACACACUGAUGUUUGUAAAGGUAAAUGCAUACAAUUGCCUCAGGAUAAAGAUGAAUAGUUAGUUAUCAUUUAUCACUUCAUUUUAAAAGGUUAGGUGGAUGAUCUUAUCAUUUUCUCUCAAUUUGAUAUUUGAUUGUAUCUUUCUUUCGUCUCCUUUUUAUUUUUGUUUAGAGGUUGAUAUGGUUUCGAUUAUACAUGUCCUUCUACCAUCUUUGUUUGUAAAUCUGAUUCUUGUUCAAUUGUCUUCAGUUAUUAUUCCUAUCAAGCCUAUGUUGAUUUUGGUUUUCCAGACAUAUUCAUAUCCCGUGAGGUAACCGACCCACUUUAUGCACAUUUUCUGGUUUGUUUCUUUUGUUAGUUAUUUGAAUCAUAAUUAUUGCUGAAUAAUAUUUUUCAUCUAGCUUAUUUUCAAAAAGUUUUAUCUAUAUCAUUAAUUUAGUUUGCUCGAUGCCCAAGUAUUUGUAGACAUUUGGCUGGACUCUUCAAGAAGCUAAACUUCAUGUGGUUCCUCAGUUUUUUAGUCAGUCUGAGGUUGGUAUUUUUCUUCUGCGUUAGGGGAAUUUUCUUUGUUUCUUAGGGUUUUCUUGAUUAUGAGUUGACAAAUUUUCAAGUUAUUAUAGGCUCAUGAAUUGAUUUUUCCUCAUUGUGCAGUGGAAAGUGAUUGAUGAGGUUCUUGGCCCAAAUCCACGACAUCUUUCUGACUUGCAUGCACUUAAGCAGCGCAGUUGUUGCCAGGAGUAAGUAUAGUAUCUAGACUCAGUUUCUUGUAUCUGUUAAUACAUUCAGUUUGGUUAUCUGUACAUGGGCAUACAAUUUAUCUUUCAAGUGCUGUCCUGCCCCGAUGUUCAAGAUGUUCUGCCCACUUUGGUGAGCAUUCUAGUUAGGUGCUUGCAUGUAUCGCUUAGGCAGCUUUGACCUUUCUUUCGUGCUUACCCUGGUGGGCCACGGCCUGCCUUUUCUGGUUCUUUGCAUCGUUAUGCCAUUUGCUGCCUUUUGAAAUUGCUUGCAUGUGAAUAGCCAAGAAUGGACAGCUCUUUCUUCCUUGUCAAAUAUUUGAUGAUCACUUUACUCGUUUGAUCAUUUUAUCUAUUCAAAACUAGGCUUCUCGUAAGACCUUGCGUUGCUGUAUAAAGAGUCGUGCAAUGGAUUUUUGCCUUAGUUGCCUGGAAUUAUGGAUACGAGAAUUAGCCUCGUUUGAGUGGUUGCUUGGUUCGCUUCCAUAUUGACUAUAUGAUGGCAGUAAAAUAGUGGGCAAUUAGUCAGCCUCGUUUCCAUUGUCAACUAGUUCUGUUUAUCUUUUCUUGUUUGUAUUCGUCAUUUGCAAAGGAUCUCACCGACUAAUGGACUUAAAGAAAGCCAUUUGCUUACUUACUGAACGGGCACAUGGCUGAAUCAGAGUCCAAGAUUGUUCUUUAGAACUUGCCGAAACCAGCUGGAAGCAGACCAUAACUGAUCUGAAACUGUCUAGCUCCUCAGCUUCUGUAUGUGUUGUGUUGUACACUAGUAAGCACGAGUGGCGAUUUUUUAUGGGCGUAAUUGGAUCUUGUACAAAUUUUGGAUUACGAAAUUGUGUUACAAUGAGUCGCUAAUUUGGUUUUUCCAGAAUUUUUGCAUGCAGAUCGUGGUUGAAAUGAUCCAGACUAUCUUCCGUGCAAACCAGUUAUUCAGUUCUUCAAAAUCCAGAGAUUCAUGUCUGUUAAAGAGCCUUGGAAUCCAACUCUAAUAAGGCACAUAUCUCCCAUAAUGAUGGGAUGAUAGAAAACUUACUAGCAUGUGUGAAAAGCACAAAACAUAACGAUAUUGGUACUUCUAGAAUGAGAUGUAAUACAAAGAUCCCAAUGUGAUCUUAUAAUUUCUAUCUUAUGGUGAAUAUUUCUUGUAGUUAUACUGUAGGUACGGUUACAGUUAGUGCCAAUAUACGUUUUCAUUGCUAGAAACUUACUAGAGCAGCCCAUGGAUCGGUGUCUCUACUUCAAUCGUCAUGAUACUUCAAAACUCAAUGGUUGUUGAACCAUGAAUUUUGAACCUUCGAAGGCAGAAAUCUCAGCUCUAGCUUCUUUACCAGCUGAUCGUUCCUUUUCUUGCUGGGAAUUUGUUAUUUUAGAUCUUCAUAUUUCCACUUUCCAAAGCCUUUCUUUCAGGAGUUAUCUUAUUGUAAAGUUCCAUUAUUUUGUGGAGUUCCUGACAUCAGUCAGGGAAAUGAGGAGAACUUGUCAGAUCUUUUGGAGCCUUUUUGAAUUUCUAUGCUUGAUUGAUGGGUUAAAGCUUAUGAUAAUGAUCGUGCACGUAUUACUUAAACCAAGGAAUUAACUGUAGAUAUUGGAUAUCAUGUGUAUUUAUUUUCCCUUGGUUUUUCCCUUCUUUGUGCCAUUUUCAGCGCAGACCAUUUGUAUUAUCAGAAUGCAUCAAUGGUUGAUGAUAGAAACCAGUUCUUAAUUAAAAUUUACAAUAAUAAUGAUUGUUUGCUAUGAAAGGAAAAUUGAGUCCGGAAGAUUACUUUAUAGACUUAAAUUUGAUAGAUAUCAAUAGCUAAAAUGGACCUAAUUAUGAGAUGUGAGAGAAAAUCGGUGUGCUAUUUAUGAGAUGUCAUUUAUACCAUGAUUGUCAGUCAUUACUGGGCUUUAAAUGUGUCACUUAUGCUUGUCUUUUCUGUUUAUGGCCAGGCUCACGGAUGAUGGCUGGAACAACUUUGAGGAUAUUGUAGAUGCAUACUUGGCAUAUUUACAAGUAGGUCAUAUCCCUUAAGAACUUAAUAUUCAUUAUCUUUUUGAAGUCAUCCUUAAAUGUAGGAGGAUCGUACCUUGAUGCUUCUCACACUGGUUGAUCCUUCACUAUUUCAUCUUGCCAGUGCAGUUAGAUUUUUUUUUUCCUCCGAAUGCAUGGAUACGUUGUGAGAACCAGAUGUGGCUAUCAAAUUCGCUGAAAAAGUGUCUUAAACGCCGCAUAAAAAAGAAUGGAGAAACAGAAGGACAGUAUAAGGACGUCAGGCUGUCGUCUGGUGUCAUGUAAUACUUAUGAAAGUGUCUAGGCUCUCCAUUGUUUUACCUUCAUCGGUUUUCUUAGCUGGGUUUUACAGAUUUCCAUUUUCAGGCAUUAUGUCUCGUUUAAAUAUCUUUCUGUGACGACUGGGGAAAAUUUUAUGCUGUGUUAUCCAAAUGAAGAUUUCAAUUACAUUGUUUUAGCCAAUAUAAAAGUAAAAAUAGUCUUUCAAUGUUUUCUUUUAGUGGAAUUCCAAUAUCUUAAAUGCACUCAUGAUAAAUAUGCAAGUGAGUGAUUCUAAGAGAAAAACGGUAGUCUGUAUGUUUAAUUUCGUAUUAAUGAAAAAAAGGAACAUUUUCUUUGGUUCCCUUCUUACAAUGACCCAACCUUGUCAAGCCCACACUCCACUGCUUGCAGUCUAUCGUCACCUGUUGCCAUUCACUGCCUCUCCAGCACUUCUUAAUAUCCUUGCCAUUUAUACAUCCUCCCAUCAAUGCUAGUAUCAAUCAGUUGCUAUCUCCACAACUGCUACUGUCUGUCAUCACCCCACAAACUCAACUUUUAAUUGUUAUUUCGCUCAAGAAGGGUUCCAAAAGAUGUUGAUUGUAAAUAAGAGGAUGAUUUACGGAGAAAAACAAAUAUGAAUUCGCUUCUACUGCAUAAGAAUUAUAUAGGAACCUAUAUAGUCUUGGAUUAUCUUUUGAAAAACCAUAACUAGAUUUCUUUGGAGUAAUGCAAGAGAAUAUGGGAUUAAGCCCUCAGUGCUAUCAAACUCUCCCCUUGAGUCAAGCAUUAACAUGCUCUUUCUUGAAAGAAGAGUUGGUUUAUUGAAUUUUUGGAUUUGGCUUGUCUUGUAAUUCCUUUGAGGGACAUCCACAACUUGUGCAUAUCCGACCGAAUGGAGGUCGAAUUUACUGUAGUUUUGGACUAAUUUAGAGAAUUUAUGAUUUUUUUAUGAAAUAGAAAGGUGGGCGAUAUGGCCUAAAGUAUGUUAUUAGUCCGAUCAAAAGAAGGAAAAUACGUAUUAGUCUCUUGGCUCUCAUACUGAAAGGUUAACAGAGUUGAUGUGGGGGAAUUCAAAUGUUUUUCACUUAGCUUUAACUGGUGUGGGGCGAAAAUACUGAAGUUGGUGAAACAGGACUCUCUGCCUUUUUAAAUGAGCGUUACAGAAGAGCGAGAAUUCUCAUAUCCCAUUUCCCUUUACAAGUGGAAUCGGUUGCUAUUUUGGUAGUUUCAGAGCUUAUGCAAAAUCCUCUCACUUAAAUUUCUUUUUUUUUUCUUGGUUGAACUGGCUGACAAGUUAGAUUUAUCGGUGAGAAGUGAUUGUAGAUAUUUUCCAUAUUUUAUGUUAAUCUAUGAAGAUGAUAAACUGGUGAUUAGGGUCCCUGUGAUAACAUAGUCCUAAACAAAUACGAGUACCUAAACUAUGGAAUUUCCGCAUACAUACGGCAAUAAGAUGAUUUCUAUCGGCAGUCAUUUUGAGCAAGUAUGUUCUAUUGUAUCUCAAUUUGUUUUCAGCCUUUAUAAAACAUGUGCUGCUAUUGACGCAAAUGAAUGAUUGCUGUAGUAAAAAGACAGAAUUUGAGUCUGUCUUCCUGAGUUUACUAAGAGUAUGUGGCAAAACAUUGGCUCAGUGAUAUUCAUAGCUGUAGUUAUUCGGACGGAUGCAUUCUUUCUUUUAACUCUGCUACUUUUUGUGGUUAUAUUUCUUUAGGUGACUGUUGUGAACCCUGCGAUGGAGUCUGCCUUAGAUAUUCUGAAAAAGUUUGUUGAUGAUGUGCGCAAUGGAAAGGUCCCAGACAGGCGAUUGCAUUUUGGUGCUCCUUGGAGGCAUCCACCUCGUUCAAACGACCCCUCCAAAUCUUUGCUGUGGGCAAAAAUUAAUCUCAUGGAUUUUGUUCAGUCUCUAGUCAAUGCUCAGUUUGGAGUAAUGCUCUGCUACCAUUUCUUGUCUGCCAUAUUAUCAAAUUAUAUUUCAGCUAUCCAUUUAUCCACACUAAAACUCAGCUGUCAUUAUAAGUAUGGGAUUUCAUUUAUAUUUGCAUGUAUUGAAAUUAUUCCUUGGUAGCCUUUUUGCUUUUUUGAACUGAAAUGUGAGUGCAUACAAGGUUGAGAAAUCCUUGGUUUGUGUUCGGCAUCAUGGGCAUCUGAACAUGGCAUUCAUCUUUCUCUCAUACAUGGUUAGGUAUCAAAUGCAAUAAUUGUGUCUGAUUUAAAAUAAUAUGCUGGAAAGAGUCUCUAGCAGACGACAAUGCCAUUUUUACGGGGUCAUGGCAAACAUUAAGUGCACAUGUAGACAAAUAUUGCCCUUAUUAGAUUAGUAUUUUUCUGUUCUAUGAUUUGAAAGGCCUCUUCAUUGGAUAUCUUAAGUUGUUUCUACAUAGCUUGUGGAUCUACACAGUAUGCUAUCAGUUAUCAUACGUUGAUUUUUAUGCCAGUUAUCAGAACAGAAGAAAUGCAACGUCCAUCGGAUACAAUUGUGUACUUUGAUACUCGAAAAUAGCAUAAGCAAUAGUUUCCAUGUGAAAAAUAAAGGCGGAGAUUAGUGAUGGUUAUUUAAGGCAAAUUUAUCCUAGAUAGGCCAUAAUACAUUUCAUUGGUGCUUUAUAAUUUGAAAUCUAUUUUCACUAGAGAUGGUGCUUUAUACAUUUCAUGUGCAACAAGCGUGGAUCAGAUACAAUAAUUUUCUCUGAUUUACAAUAACAUCAACUUUCCUAUCUAGGUGAAUUAUCUAGCUGACUAUAGCCUCGAGAUACUGGACGAUCCAUCUGCAGUUGCCAUGCUAGAGGUAUUUGGAAUUGUCUAUAAAUCAUGCAUCAUGGACUCUGUCACCUACACUUUUGCCUUCUCAACCAUGAAAAAUGAAUCACUUUGAAAUGGGUUGUCUGGUCAGGUUGGUUUAUUAUAUGCACAACGAGAUCCAUCAUUCAUCCGCCCCAUUAGUCGAGGCAUUCAGAGGUGCCUGGUCCGAUGGUGAGCUACUCGACGCUCUAGUAAUCACAGUUUGAACUUGACUUGUUCCCUUUUCCCAUACGACUAUGAGCUAAUUGCGUUGCACACUGCAGGCUUGUUCAGGAGCAACUUCAGAUGGGUUUCUCUGAGCGUAUGAUAUUUAAGUGGCACAGGUUUAUACGGGGUCGGAGCUACAGACAUUUGUUGAAAGAAGUUGGCUAUAAAUAG